GGGAUGCCCACCUAGUCACAGGUCCAAGAUCGGCUGACAGCUUUCUUAUCUUGGCUAUCACUAAAUAUCUCCAGUAAGCUCAGAUAUUGCACAUCGUUGAGCGACCUCGAGUCAAGACGACGGUCCGGUAGCUCUCUCCCACAAUGUUUGCUAUUCUAGUCUCGUGCGAGCGCAAGAUCUCGCAAAGCUGUUUACCAACCGAGUAACCAUUCUGCUACCCCCUUCUCAUCAUCAUGGCCAAACUGCUGAGUGUAGUACUAGGCUUCUUGAGCCAGCCAUUUAUCUAUCCUCCCCAGCUAUCGUUCUUAACUGAUUCUGCUGGGACAAACAAUGGUCACAUCAUCACUUCAGAGCUCUCCAACUCUAUCCAGGAAACCCUGGAUAUUUGGAAUAUCACUGGACUUUCUGUCGCAAUUGUCCCAAAGUACGGCGAACCGGAAUUUCGUUCAUGGGGAAACAUGACAGAGGACGGGGACAAGACAACAGAAGACACGUUAUUCCACAUGGCGUCUGUGUCCAAGGCUUUCUGUGUGAGCGCUCUUGGAAUUUUGAUGGAUGACUACGAAUAUGGAAGAAACGUUACGCCGCUCCCCCCUGCUCUGUCGGAGUUCAAUUGGCACACCUUGGUACAAGAUAUCCUUCCGGGAGAAUGGCAAUUGAUGGAUGAAUGGGCGUCCAAGAAAGCUAAUAUAAAGGACAUCCUCUCUCAUGUAUCUGGCCUUCCUCGUCAUGAUUACUCGUAUGGACCACACGACAGCCCGAAAGAUGACGUAUUGCGCAUGCGCUAUCUAAGGCCAGCUUUUGAAUUCCGGGAACAGUGGUCGUAUAACAACAAGAUGUUCACGACAGCCUCACACAUCAUUGAAACCUACUCCGCACAAACGUACACCUCUUUUGUAGAGGAUCGCAUUUUCACGCCACUCGGAAUGUCUUCUUCCACGUUCUCACCCGCAAAGGCUGGAAACACUGGUAGAUUCACUCAGGGAUGGACCAGCACUGGGAGACUCUUGCCCGAGUGUUUCACCGAAGAAAUGGUAGCGCUGAUGGCCGGUGCAGGCGGUGUGAUUUCGAGCGCCGUAGAUAUGUCGAAAUGGGUUGCAUUGUGGCUUAACAAGGGUGUGCACAACAAUGUCACAGUCAUACCGCUGUCUGUGUAUGGAAACGCAUCGCAGUCAUACUCUUUAUCCAUCAGCGCCUCAGAUGACCCUGAGCUCUCCAUUGAAGGGUAUGGGAUGGGUUGGUUCCGAUACUCUUACCUGGGCCAUGAUAUCGUAUAUCAUACAGGUUCGGUUCCAGGAUUCUCCACGCGAGUCUCGUUCCUUCCAAAUGACGAUGUUGGAGUCGUCGUUUUUGCCAACGGCGGCGAUAAAGCAACACCUGUAGUGAAUAUCUCACACCGUAUAAUGGACGUAGCUUUGAACCUGCGGUCAAAACCAUCACCACCGAUUAAACCCGACACGCCCGAGGAGAAACCAAUCCAAGAAAACGUCGUUGGUUUGGAACUUGCACUCGAAGAGUUUUCGGGAACUUACGCCGGCGCUGGAUACCCACCCAUCACCUUUUGCAGUCCUUCCGGCAGCUCCCUGUAUUGUCAAGACGUGAUCUCUGAUUUUACUGCGGUAGAUGGAGGAAAGUCGAGCGCUCCCCAGUCGCCUCAGCUGUUCGCAGCGUGGCCUCGCGUAUGGACAUCCCAUAUUCGAGGCGUGCAUCGGUCUGGAAAUACGUUCGUGAUUCAGUACACCUCGUUGUUCCCGGAAGGAUAUGGGCGCGACAGUACACCCUUUGAGACAGCGGAAAUAGGGACGUCUGAGGCUACGGCUGAGUUCAUUGUGGAAGAUGGAAAGGUUGUUGGGUUUGGCUUGUUCGGGCUGGUGGGUCAAGUCACGGAGAGGGAGCGAACGCACACGACUGUGAAAGACCGAGCUGAGGUUUGGUUCGAUAAGGUGUAGUAAUACAAAUGAUGUUGGUAUAUAAGUAACGCAUUGGCCAAAAAAUGCCAGCGCGCGAACUUCAGGCUCGUUUAUACGAGCACUGGAA